AAUAAAUUUAUUAGAUCUUCUGCAGUAGUUGUGUCUCUGAUGUCAGUAUGGCAUUAUGGGGAAUCGAAAAAGCAGGCAUUUGAGCUGGAGAAUAAGGUUAGCUUGGACAGCCUUUUGAGCCUGGGAAUAGCAAGGGUUCCUGGAAUUUGCCUAGUGUGCUCCCAUGUGACCUCUGGUGUCCCGCCAAUGUUCGCACAUUUUGUCACCAACUUUCCUGCAUUCCAUCAGAUUCUUAUCUUUGUAACCGUUCAAUUUUUGAUGAUCCCAAAAGUUCCAGUCAUUGAUCGUUUCCAUGUUUCAAGGAUUGGUCCGCCAGAUGUCCCUCUAUUCCGGUGCAUUGUGCGGUAUGGAUACAAGGACAUCAGGGACAGCUUUGAAUUUGAAACCCAACUGAUUGAAAAGAUAACAGUGUUCUUGAAAUGCGAAUUGAAUUGCAAGGAAAUCCUAAUACUAGAGCAGUCAGUGCUUGGUGCAAAAGCACAGAGAAGAAAAGAGCUGCGGUUACAAUAUCUGCAGGAAGCAAGUGAAGAUGUAAAUGAACUCAUGGAGGCAAAGGAAGCUGGUGUUACUUUCAUGAUGGGACAUACUUGUGUUAUAGCUAGAGAGGCAUCAUGUAUUCUGAAGAAGCUUGUGAUUAACUAUGUCUAUGGAUUCCUUAGACGCAAUAGCCGGUGCCCUGCAACCUCAUUUGGGAUCCCACACUCCGCAUUGAUUGAAGUUGGUAUGGUUUAUCGUGUAUAAAUGAUAAUAAAUGAACUGACUGAAAGUGUUUAAGCAGAAGCAGGUCUGGAUUUCCAAUUCAUGCUUUAUUUUCACUAGCUGUAGCCAAUUUUAGAGGGUGGAGGGAGGUACUUGUAACAAAUGGUAUAGCAGGUUGAACAUUAAAGAAGAUGUGGCAGCAACUUUCUAUAUGUUUGCGGAAUGGGGAAAAAAAAAGAGCAAAGAAAAAGAAAAGAAUGAAGUGUAAACAGCAUGCAGAUUGAGGCUUUUUUUUCAGAGAAAAAUAUGCAUAUUCAAGAGCUGGUCAAUAUGAGACGCCUCACAUUACCAUUGAAAACUUGAACUCCUGAUGAUAUUUCAGAAGUUCUUCAGAGUACAAAUUGCAGGCUGCCUACGAGAAAGUGGAAUUCUCAUUAAUCAUCGUUUCCCUGUGUGAAUAGCUCGUUUUUAACAGGACUGGAGAUAUAGACUUGAUCUCGGUGAAAGACCUGGCCUGAGGAUGCCAUCUAGUCGUACAAAGGGGAAAAGAAAAAAAAAGGUACUUCAGGUUAAACCUAUCAGCUAAAAAUAGUUAUUGGAAACGAAUUUUUGUUGUUGAUCCAACAGCAGCUUUACUAGAAAUAUAAGCAUCAGGAGGUUUAGGGGCCAUGUUCAUCAAGGUGAACAUUAAAGCACCCAUUGAACUCAAUUGAACAUAUUGGAAAACAAGGACUAUUUUGAAAAAGAUAUCAGCCUUGAGGAAUCUCAAUUGAUUUUUGCCAGGGGCCUAAUUGUAUAAAAUUAAUUAGUUUUAUUUUGAUUAA